AUGACUCGAAAUAACCUCGGGGAUCAACUCUCCUGGCUGCUCGGCAAUAUCUCUAUCUGCAAACCUACCGAUCUUUCCCUUCCGCCGGCCCGCGAUCCUUCAGGCACUGAUCCGUCACAAUCACAACAAUCCCGUUUUGGGGGCCUCGGAUCCCAGCAGGAGCUUCCAAGUCGACCCGUGUCACAAUCAGACUUUGGCCGUACGAAUGCGAGACCGACAUUUCAUGCCUCCAACGCGGUGGAACAGACGACGCAGGAUUCUAGGGUGGCGAUAACGGCAGAGGCUGACUCUAUGGCGAAACUGACCUCAGCCUCGAAGACUAGGAAGCCUUCUUUGGCUGUGAAACAGCAGCAGCAGCAGUUGCUGACGCCAUCCUCAACCACUAGCGGUGGGCGUUUUCAACAAGCUAUCACUGCCCAACUUGAGCAACAAGAAAGUACACGAAACAAUCGAGCGGCUCCUCCUUCAUCAUCCCAAGACAGACGCCAUAAGCCGGCGCCUGUGUCAACACCAGACCUACUUGACGAUGACGACGAAAUCCUGGACCUGACUGGUAACGAUACGAUCCUGUCGUCAGAUUCGGUAGCAUUCGAUGAAGGAGUCACGGUAUGGAACGAAGCACAGGCCUCAAGGCCAGAACCGCUGUCGAAGCGCGGCCAGAAGAGGAAGAGUACGGAGAUGAGCAAGACAGGAGACUUGGAUUCAGAUUCGGACGAGUUUCCAGAUAUUUACAAGACACUGGGCACCCCAGCCCCAAAGAGUAGUCGAGCGGCUAAGAGCACGAAGACAAUACCAUCGAGCAUCCGAAGGGCGAAUACAGACAAGGGCAUGGUGGAAGAGCGAACUAUCACACAAACAAUCAGCCGAACCCAGCGCACGUACAAGAUGACCGAUGAUCCUCAAGAACGGGGGACGCCACGUCGGCUCCCAAUUGCUGUUGGUGGCCAGAAUGCCAUCGGACGGACUCCGAGCAAGGCCUUCCGGAUUUCUUCCAGUCCAGAUAACUUCAUGCCAGCCUCUGCAGCUCGUUCCAGACCGGCAUCUGUUCCCUUUGGAGGUGCAGAUUCAUCAGACGAGCUCGUUGCGCCUGAUACUCCUUCGAGGCCGCAGCCAACGACAUUGCUGCCGGAUGAUUCCCUAAUGAGCUUCGGAGCAGACACUGUUCAAGAUGACUCAACGAAUACACUAUCACAGCCGACGCCCUCUUCGCAAGGGAAAAGGUCCACGGUGCUGAAGUUCAUCUUGGACAACCCAGACGCCAUGAAGGCAAAGGAGAUGAUGAUCCAGGAGAAGCUCGUGCACAACUCCGAAACCUUCCGGAACGUCUUGAUGGAUGGCUCAAGGGAAGACCGCAAUAAGCAUAAAGCCGAGAAAGAGUUGUUAAUGACACAGCAAUCUUGCCUGAAGAAAGCAUACGAACUCCUCAAGUCGCACGCGAAACUUCAAGGCGAGAAAGAGGUGCUUGUACAGCAAAUCGCCACGGCCUACGGUGACGGUGGCGACACUGAGCAGGACGAGAUUCGUUUGGAUGAAGUGUCAGACAAAGUUAGGGCUUUGGAGCAAUCCAUCGAGCGACAUCUUCCUAGUGUGGGUAUUGACGGCGAAUCUUUCAUCGACGACUACCGCAGGUCUAAGGCUAUUGUAAUGAGCACCCAACCUAGCCACAGGACCCCGGCCAGAGCGUCGAGAUCUGCACAAGCAGCCGAGGAGAAUGACAACCAAGUCAUUCAUCAGACACAAUUCCCCGGAUCAUCGAGAAUAACCGACCCCAGAGAUCGGUCUCCGCCGCCGUUUCCACGGUCCAAACCCCCCGUGCCCAAGAGCACCAAGAAGUCAGCCCCUCCGAUUGCGAAAGCCAGUCGACGAGACGAUUUCGAAGACAACUACCUGGAUGAUAUUGAAGAUGACUUCGGCGCAUUUGAUCCUGAGCCGCCAAUCUCUAGGCCGUUGCCAAGCCGCAGAAGUCCUGUGAAAGCAUCGCGCCCUCGCGCCAUGGAUAUGUCCAGUGAUUAUGGCGAUGAUGCGGACGCAGACAUGCUUGCGCUCGCGCAAGACUUUGAAUCGCGUCACUCGUCUUCUGCGGAAACGGCUUCCAAGAGGAGAAGCAUCCUUACUGCAACAUCAGGGAAUCUCGCUCAGCCUCCCAAAUCCCAUGAACCCUUGAAGAAGAGGGAAGUGUCUAAAGCAAAAUUGUCGAUACCACCCGAGUUGAUGAAACAUCCCUGGUCCCCGGAUGUCAGAAGGGCUUUGAAGGACAGAUUCAGGAUGAGAGGCGGGAAGACCCGGGGGAUCACGAUUGUUGUUUCGCCUCUGCUCAGUCUGAUGCAAGAUCAGGUCGAUCACAUGUCUGCGCUGAACAUCCAGGCGGUAUCCCUCAACGGUGAAACAACUUCUCAGAAGCGAAACCAAAUCUUCUCGUCCUUUAAGGAGAGAAGCCCUGAGUUGUUCGUCCAGUUACUCUACGUCACGCCUGAGAUGCUAAACAAUAGUCCCUCCUUCAUGAAGGCCUUGCAAACGCUCCACUCAGGCAAACGACUUGCUCGUAUAGUCAUUGACGAGGCGCAUUGUGUCAGUCAAUGGGGCCAUGAUUUCCGGCCAGACUACAAGGCCUUGGGAAAGCUACGGAAUCACUUUCCCACGGUACCUAUUAUUGCGCUCACAGCAACGGCAACCCAGAACGUCAUUGUUGACAUCAAACAUAAUCUGGGUAUGGAUAAUUGCGAGGUGUUCUGCCAGAGUUUCAACAGACCGAACCUCACGUAUGAAGUUCGCCGGAAGGAGAGGGAGUUGGUGCACAAAAUCGCCGACCUCAUUCAGUCAAAGUACGACCAGCAAUGUGGCAUUAUCUAUACGCUAUCGAGGAAAACAUCUGAACAGGUGGCCGAGAAGCUACGAGACAAAUACGGCAUUUUAGCCCAUCACUACCACGCACAGAUGUCACCCGAGGACCGGAUUGACGUUCAAAGGCAAUGGCAGAAGGACAGAAUCCAUGUGGUUGUGGCAACCAUUGCCUUUGGCAUGGGGAUUGAUAAACCAGACGUUCGCUUCGUUAUUCAUCAUUCGGUACCCAAGAGCUUGGAAGGCUACUACCAAGAAACGGGGCGAGCUGGCAGAGACGGCAACCCAUCCGAUUGCAUUCUGUAUUUCGGAUAUCAAGAUGUCGUCACCUUGAGGAAGAUGAUCGCGGACGGGGAUGGCAAUGAAGACCAAAAAGAGCGGCAGAGAACGAUGCUCAAUCGGGUCACGGCGUUCUGCGACAAUCGGGAGAACUGCCGCCGUGUCGAAAUCCUUCGAUACUUUGGCGAGGUAUUCAACGGAGACGAGUGCAACAAGACGUGCGACAACUGUCGAGCGGGAGCUGUUUUUGAGCAGCAGGACUUUUCUGACAAGGCUGUUGGCGCCAUUCAGACCAUCAGAAACCAUGAAAAAUUAACGGUCAAUCAGUGCCGAGAGAUUCUCUUAGGAAAGAAAUACCCUCCGAACAUAGACGAGGACCCAGACGACGCCCACGGGAUAGCUCGGGGGAUGAAACAGCAUGAAGUUGAGCGCAUCCUCGACAGACUUACUGCUGAGGAGGCACUCGAGGAGACAAACGUGGUGAACAAGCGGGCUGGUAUUGCCAUCCCGUACCUCAUCGUUGGUCGCAAUGCGCAUAUGUUUCUGUCUGGGCGCCGCAAGCUGUUGCUGUCGGUUCAGGUUUCCGAUAGGGGUAGGGAAUCCUCGGCCCCAAAGCCGAAAAAGCGAACAAAGAAGAGCAAAGAGGCCGAUGAUGUAGACACGGGCGCAGGGCCUUCCAGACAUGUCCCGCCCUCGACUAAUGUGUCUUCGCCUGCUCAAGCAAGGAUCCAGAAUAAGAAGAAGGGCAAGUCCAUGGCAACCAUCUUCGAUACGGACGAAGAGGAAGAGAUGCUACUGCAACAAAUGGAGGAGCAGGACUUGUCUUUGCACUCAAACGGCUACGCAAAGGAUGGCUUUGUCAUGUCGGAUGAUGAAGACGACGCGUUCGAGCCUUUGCCGAAGUCUCGCAACAGAAGUCACGCUUCUCGCGACGUUGGUCCUCGUAUAGAGGCAGACGGUCGGUUGGGAGAUCUUGAUGAACUGCAUCAAGACGUGGUUCACAACUUUGUGCAGGAGGCGAAGAAGCUCGAAGAGCAGCUGCGCAACGCGCAAAGUCUCCGGAAGCCGCUUUUCUCCGAGCGAAGCUUCCAAGAAAUGGCUAUUCGGUGGACAACAACACUGCCGCAGAUGCGCAAAAUACCAGGCAUCGAGAUCGAGAAGGUUGACAAGUUCGGGACCAAGUUUAUUCCCAUGGUCAAGCGUUGCCGAGACAACUACAAUUCCAUGAUAGGGGCGAUGGACGCCGGUGAUCAGUACAUUGUUGACUUGAUCAGCUCUGAUGAAGACAUGGACGAGGACAUGGAAGAUGACGACGAUGAGGAGGAAGAGGAGGCUUCCAAGUAUUUCAAUGGCCCGCCACCACCGCUGAGACCAGAGGUGGAAGCGUGGAAUGAACAAAUGAGAGUGAACGAGCUCGAGACAGCUCCGCCGACACGAGGAUCAUCAGGCACACGAGGCCGUGGUGGCGCACGCGGUGGAAAGAAGCCAUACCGCAGAGCUUCUGGCGGAGGGUACAAGAAGGGAGGGGUGACCAAAAGGAAGGCCUCAGGCGGGGCAAGCAGAAGGAGUAGCGGCGGGACGACGGCUUCCAGCUCCAGGAAUUCGACUGUCACGCACUUCUUCCCUAGAGGCGGUAAGAGAGGUGGCGUCAGCGGUGGAAGGAGCGGUGGUGGUGGCGGCAGCAUCGGACUGAUGCCGCAUUAA